AUGAAGACCUUCUCUGCAAUCACCUGUUCCAUUCUGGCCACUUUACACCUCGCUGGAGCCGCCCCGGCUACAACGGCGGUGGAAGUGUCUGUCUCCUAUGAUCAAAAGUACGACGUUGGCAGCAGCUCUCUCAAUACCGUCAGCUGCUCAGAUGGAACUUAUGGUCUUGAGAGCAAGUACCAUACAUUCGGUGGCUUGCCUAACUUCCCUCUUAUUGGUGGCUCGCCGACAGUCAGCGGCUGGGGCAGCAGCAAUUGCGGCCAAUGCUACCAGUUGCACUACCAAGCCGGUGACGUCGACAAGACAAUCAACAUUCUUGCUAUUGAUGCUGCCCCCGGCGGUUUCAACAUCGGGCUUGAGGCUUUCAACCAAUUGACAGACAACCAAGGCGUCGCUCUUGGUCGUGUGACAGCCACCUACACUCUGAUCGAGAACAGCGCUUGUGGAAUCAAGGCAUAG